AGACAUUCGCCUGAUUGUUAUUGCGAGCGGUUUUGUACUGGGCGAGGGCGUUACGAGCAUUGUAUCUUUGAUACUUCGGACAUUCGGUGUCGGCGUUGCUUCAUGCUGGGGCUGCGGCCACGGUCUGUGUGGGGGAUGUCCUGUAUGAUAUACAUCACUUGUAAAAUAUAGAAAUAGUAGAGCCGGCGAUCGGAACACGUCGGUGCCACGACAUCCAUACUGAACCAUAAGUAGUAGACAGUGGCACUUCCUAAAUUCAUGCCAUCAUGUCUCGACAACAAUUAGCGAAAAUCCCCUCUUUGACAUUUUACAAGGAUGAACUGACGAACUCGCGUCGGACUGCCCCGAUAUCGCAGCUGACUUGUGUAGGGAAACCGUGUAAAUUAUACACGCCCGACGUUGUGCGCUGCACCAAUCUAGGAGGCACGGGUACAGAUGUCGACUGGAAGUGCGAGGCCGACUUGCCGGAAUCCUUACGGUUCGGUAGAGUGGAAGUUUCUUGUGAAGGGUGGACAAGCCCCGGCGACUCUUUUGUUCUCAAAGGAUCCUGCGGAUUAGAAUAUCGUCUUGUUCACGUUCCAGGUUCUCUGAGAAACCCAGAGUCGCAAAGCAGCAUGAGAGAUUGGUUUCGUUCUCUCGAUGUUUCCGAGAUUGUGUUCAGUAUUCUCUGGACCGCUGUACUCGCAUUGAUAACAUACAGUUUCCUGAAAUCAUGUUUUGGUCAACCAACAAUCACCAACCGCCGGCCACAAAACCAUGGCCCCUCCGGAUGGUUUCCCGGGAGCUACGGUGACGAUUAUGCCCCUCCUCCCCCCUACACGAAAAGUCCUGCAGAUCAAGGUUGGAGGCCAGGAUUCUGGACUGGAGCGGCUCUGGGCGGCUUGGGUGCUCACUUCUUUAAUAAUCGGCGUCCACGAAACGAAGAACCUCCGCCCCGUCCAACAAGACGGUUCUGGGACUGGGAAAAUAGUCGGGCAUCUAGCAUUUUAGGAAGGAGGGGAGCAAAUUACGAAUUUGAAAAUCGUGGAGAAGGGCCGUCGAACCUCGGAACGAUGAGAUCUAGUACGGGAUUUGGUGGUUCCAAUGUCAGAUGAAAGAGACUGAAGACUGUACUUUCGUAGCGACAGAUAUCUACGCUGGAAUAACAUGUAUUUUGACGCCUUUCGACGACAUGAUGAAGAAGGGCGGAGACCAUGGGGAAUCUUCGGUGAUAAUAUGAGGCUUGAGCUCUUAACGGUAUAUUACCCCAGAUGCAUACAACGCCCGGUCAUCCCAGGGAGAAUUCCCCCCGAAGUCCAAUCGCGUAUGUAGCGGAAGAAUGACCGGCA